AUGACUAGAUACGGGGGUAUGGGGAGGACGCGCCCAAAAAAGCUCACCUCGAAGGCCUCAAUCCCCAUUGUUCGGGAACAUGAUAUCGAUAUCAUCGACGAUGAGGUUCAGAAUGCCCUACAACAGGUGGAAACUGGUGUCGAGAAGGCUGAGGAGUCGGAAUUCCAUCUUCAAGCUGCUAUUAGCGCGACUGCCCAAGGAAAAAUAAACGAAGCUCACAUUCCCACACCAGAGACCGUCCUCAGUAAUCUUCGAUAUGACGAGCUCUAUCCCCCCAUCUUCUCGCAGCCGGCGACAUACAUCCGCUUUUCCUCGACUGUCGAGGACUGUUGCGGAUGCCCGUAUAACAUGACCGAAGAGGACGAUGUCUUCUUCAAGAUCAUGAACGAGAAGCGGGAGCCGUCGAACCGGAUCACAGAGGAUCAGUUCGAGGAGGUGAUGUACUUCUUCGAGGAGACGGCACAGACAAAGCAACCAUUUGCAGCUGUAGAUAGCCCUCCUGUCCUGAGCCUCGCAGAGAUGCAAGACUCGAUGGAUGCAACUGUAGAGGAGAGCGUCAAGCGUUUUGCAAAGGACAUAUAUGAGCACUGGAAGUUGCGAAGGAUUGCCACUGGGAACCGCCCACUCCUACCGAGUCUCAAGGUGAGCAGACCUCGGUCGCAUGGCUACCCAUUUGACACGACUGACCCUGAGCAGUUCGAAACUGGUCAAGAUACCGAUGAUACAGACCCGUAUGUCUGCUUUCGUAGGCGUGAAGUCCGUCAGAUUCGGAAGACCCGCGGCAGAGAUGCCCAAAGUGCCGAUAAACUGCGCAGACUCAGAAAGGAGCUGGAAGAUGCUCGACAGCUGGUUGCACUGGUGCGCCAGCGGGAGUUGGCAAGAAAGGAGAUGCUCUCGAUGGAGCGGCAGAUCUUCCUGCAGCGUUCCGAGGUGAAGGAGAUGAAGAGGAAACUCAACAUCAAAGACGAUGACGAGGAUCUCAUCAACCAGAAGGUAAGGUCAAUACCAGCACGCCUUCCUCAUGCGUUUGCUAAUUUGCCGGAGCAGCCAAAGAAGAAGCCUGCGGAGACGCCAGCUGCACAACGGCCGACCGCUCCUCAGAUCCGGAUGCCACAGAAGCCCGGUACUCAGGCUGCGGACGACCUGCAACUGCUGGAAGACGUCCAGGCGGAGAAAGAAAACGAGAUUCUGCGAGAUAUCAAGCAGAACAUCGCGAAGCAUAUCAAGUGGAACGAGGGCUAUGUGGAUUUCACAAGAGCGCCUCUCUCACCUCCUCCGGAGAAAACCUUCCAGGCCGCAUUCCGCCCGGCAAUCACCACCCAGUUGCCAACUCCUCCUUCUUCAGAUUCGUCCGACAAUAUGGACUCUGCCUUAGAUACAGCCAAUUCCCUCUCCUUCCGAGAUAAGCUAGUCCCUCGCACAUGGGAGAUGAACGAGGACACCUGCAGAAUACCGUCGUUCAGGAGGCGCAUUGGGCGCGGCGGUCGGUUGAUGAUUGAUCGUCGAAACAUGGUGUCGCGGUGUAGAAUCGAGAUGGAUCCGCUUAAGGCUGAUCGAUUCAAGUAUGAUCGGGAGGAUUCGGACGAUGAGUCAGAAUUCGAAUGUGAUCCGUACGAUGUCCAGAUCAUGCAACAUCGUGCCAUAAUGGCCGCUAAAGCACGAGAUCAAGCUGCUGCUGCCGCCCAAGCCCAUGCGCAGGCUCAAGCAGCUCAAGCGCAAGCACAGGCUCAAGCGCAGAAACGGUUGCAGGCCGAACAAACCACAACCAAUAACGGGCCCCCGAACAUGGGGCAGACAAUGGGAUCGAACCCCGGGCCUGGUGCCGUCGCCUCCACGUCGUGA